AUGGCGGAGCUACAAAUGCUGCUGGAGGAGGAGAUUCCUGCGGGACGGAGAGCUUUACUGGACAGUUAUACCAAUCUGGAAAGAGUAGCGGAGUACUGCGAAAGCAACUAUGUCCAGUCCGCAGACAAGGAGCGAGCGCUGGAGGAGACGAAGAGCUACACCACCCAGUCUCUGGCCAGCGUCGCCUACCUCAUCAACACGCUGGCCAACAAUGUGCUGCAGAUGCUGGACAUCCAGGCCUCGCAGCUCCGCCGCAUGGAAAGCUCCAUCAACCACAUUUCACAGACCGUUGACAUCCACAAGGAGAAGGUGGCGAGGCGGGAGAUCGGCAUCUUGACCACCAAUAAGAACACGUCCCGCUCGCAUAAAAUAGUUGCUCCGGCCAACGCAGAGAGACCAGUGCGCUACAUCAGGAAGCCCAUCGACUACAACAUGCUCGAUGACAUUGGACAUGGAGUCAAGUGGUUGUUGAGGUUCAAGGUGAAUGGCCAGCAGAACAUGAAACUAGGAGGAGGCCUGUCCCGGUCCAACCCCCCCACCCAGAAACCACCCAGCCCUCCGAGGGCAGGCAUGAGCAUCUUAGGGAAGAACUCCCCCUACAGGACACUGGAGCCAGUCCGCCCCCCAGUGGUGCCCAACGAUUAUGUCUCCAGUCCCACCAGAAACAACGUGGCCAUCGGACAGCUUCCCAGUCCGACCCGCACCGCCGCCCUCAACCACCGCCCCCGCACAUACAGUGGUAGCAGUGGGGGCAGCCAUCCCAGCAGCAGCAGUCGGAGCAGCAGCAGGGAGAACAGUGGCAGCGGCAGCGUUGGCAUUCCCAUCGCCGUGCCGACGCCCUCCCCGCCCUCCACCUUCCCAGGUCCCAUCGUCCCUCAGUUCUUCAGUAUGAACCGGCCUCAGCCCCGUCAGCAGGCUCAACAGAUGGGGGGGUCACUGCCAUACCGCCGCCCCCCCUCUGUGACUGGUCAGCCAAUCGUAACAGAGAACCAGGUCAACGGUGGUCCCUACGACAACCAAAGCCCAGCCUCCCCCCCGCCCCCCUCCCUCCUCCAGUUCAGCCCUCAGCUUCCUCUGAUGGGUUUCGUUGCUCGAGUUCAGGAGUCCAUCUCAGACGUCCCUCCUCCCCCUCAUCCAGCCGCCGAGAGCCAAUCGGAGCCCGAAGAGCCCCUUCUUUCUCCUCAGCCAUUGGAGGACGGACACGAAGAGGAUGACUCAGCGGUAGUGGAGUACUGCGACCCGUACGCUGAGGAAGACCCACCAUGGGCCCCCAGAAGCUACCACGAGAAAGUGGUGGCCAUCUACGACUACGCAGCCGACAAGGAGGACGAGUUGUCGUUCCAGGAAGGAGCGAUCAUCUACGUCAUCAAGAAGAACGAGGACGGCUGGUACGAAGGCGUGAUGAACACGACCACCGGCCUCUUCCCUGGAAACUAUGUCGAGUCCAUCAUGCACUACGCCGACUGAGAACAAGGAGGAGUGUUUUGGUCUCCUGGUUCAGUCUCCGGACAUGUGUUGUCUCACUCCAGUUCAGCUUCUUGGAUCUGAACUAGAAGGGAAAAGUUGACUCGGCUCCCACUCGCACCAAUCAAUCAAUCAAUCAAUCGCAAGCAAAUCACAGCAUGUGAAGAAAAAUCGUAGUUUCACUUUAGUUUAUUGGACGUAAUCAGAAGCUGUAAGUGAGUAUGAGCAUCAGUUUGUUCUGUUUUAUGAGCUACCCUCUCGAACCAAUACGCCUUGCAUUUAUGGGUUUCUUAAUGCUGGUGCAGUUGACGUGUUAUUACUAAGUAUUAAUAAGGUCUCUUGUUGGCGAACUGAGAGGCUUUUCAGGCAUCUUAAUGGUCUUAUUUGGUGUGAGUUUCAUUCCAGAUGUGUUUGGUGUGAAGGAUUCAAUGUUCCUUUUUUUUUUGCAGAAGGUCAGAGAAGUUUCUUUUGAUCACGAGAAAUGUGUGUAUGAAUCUCCACAGAAGAAGUUUGUUUUCUUGAAAUCAAAAAAUAAUUAUCUUAAUCCUUCCAUCCAUCCAUCCAUUUUCAAUACCGCUUCAUCCUCAUCAGGGUCGCGGGGGCGCUGGAGCCGAUCCCAGCUGACAUAGGGCGAAGGCAGGGGACACCCUGGACAGGCCGCCAGUCCAUCUCAGGGCAUUAUUAUUAUCUUAAUCCUUAGGGACUAAAUGUGGAGGUGCGACAGGUACCUGUACCUGUACCUGUACGGCCCAAUUCUAAAAAUACCAAAAUACAGCGUGUCUGGCUACAACGUGUAGUAACUACAAUAUGUAACUCUAUAAAUUGUGUUCAAAGGCCUAAGAGACUUUUAAAGUCAGACAUUUAAACACGUUCUUCUGGUAUCUUGAUGGAAGAAGUGAAAACACUCCUUCUCAUAACAUGGAAAUCAUAUUUUUUUUUCACCUCAACUUCAGCACUUUUUUUCAAUCACGAAUUGAUAAUUUUUGUUUACUUGAAAACAAAUCUUAUAUUUGACAGGCCAAGAUUAAAACAAUAAUAAUGUGGUGUGAACUACAUUCUGACAUUCACAGUCUUUCCUCUGAGGUGAAACAUUUAGGGAUUAUUACAUAUGGUGGGUCUGAUUCUGAGAGUGAAAGGAAGCUAUGCAAAAAAACUAAACACUUUAGUGCUGAAAACUAAAAUCUGAGAUUGUCUUUCUCCUUUCUUUGUAUUUUCUUCCCCGUCUUCCUUCCUCUGAAGCCGUCUUACACACCGGCUCAUUAUCUCCGUCUGGUUUAGGGGCAAAUACAUUGUGUUUCCUGCGACUGCUUCACAAUAAAUGUCACGUUAGCACUGUAACUUAAUCCAAAUGUCAUAUGAUUGCAGGAGUGUGAAGAGUGAAGCUAAUAACAAUCAGAUCACAUUUAGAAAAAGUCUAGAACCUGCCAGACUGUUUCAGUUAUUUAUGGACAGAAGUUAUUUCAGGGUCUGGAUGUCUCAAUCAUCUCGGAGCAGGAAAUCAUUCCGAACUGGCCGGAAAAUUAUCUCAGUGACGUGUUUUCUUCUACUUUUAACUCUAUAAGUAAACAACUUAUAUUUGUCUAAGUUUCCCCCAAGAACUUCCACUCCUCCUUCCACUUUUUAAAGUGAACUCCUUAUGGAGAUCAUCUUCUCUCUUUAUCUCGUCAUCUUCCUCAUGCACGUCAACCUCACCUGCUUUUGUAUUACUAUUGUAAAAGCUCAUUGCGAUGCUGGUGUGUGGCUGGUGGUAACCGCUACACCUACAGUGCAUAAGGAGGAUUUAUUUAUAUUUUACUUUCCUUUUGACUUUUGCCUUAACAGAUAUCUCAACAUUUUACUUCCUCAAGAGCCUUACCUCCACAUUAUCAAUGAGAAGAAGAAAAAUGGGAAUUAGAAAUUAAAGAAAGCACGUAGCAUCACAAAAGCGUAACACUAUUGAAACUUCAGUCAAAGUAAGAACAGUAACAGUCAAACUCAGUGAAGCUGUGUGAAUAAAGUGGAAGUCUUCCAUCCGACACUUUUCCACUAAGAUUUGUGCCAUGAAUCUUCAUCGUCAGCUUCCUUAACGUCACACAUCCGUCUCUGAUGUGAAGUCUGUAACUUGAGCCUCUGUGUUCAUUGAGGUGAUGAAGCAUUUCACCGCCAAUAAAGAAAUUACUUUAAAUUCAUCUGGUGGUCAGUAGAGGAAGAGAUUUAAUUUUGAAUUAUGUUUUUUGCCCAAUCUGAUUCUUGUUGUUAUAGUUCUCACUAUGAUUUCUAAGAACGUAACUCAAACUUGACCAACUAAACCUUUACUUUGGAAGAUAAAUUAAACAUAAGCAUAAAAACAUUAUAUUUAAAAGGAGCCAGUGGAGUUGUUGAUAAUUUAAACUCUACAUUAAUAUCCCUAAAAUAAUGCUAUUUAGAUAAGAUAGAUUAAAAAAGUAGGAAAACUUGCAUAAAAUAUAGAAAUUAUUUACUAAUUAGUAGCUAAACAAAAGAUAACCUAUUAUUACUUUCAUUUAUUUCUAUGUGAAUUACUAGGAUCAGACGAGGUUGCCGUUUCCCUCUCGGCUUCCGCUGAAGCGUUGAUCGGUUCAUACCGAACGACACCGAACAUAUUUAAUAUGGAUUCACACGUAUUUGAAGUCUGACUUCUGAGCCUUUUCAUUCCUUGUGGUUUUGCUGCCUCAGCCUUUGGACCUGUUGCCGGUGUUGAAGUUUACAGUGUGUCUGUCUGCAUGCCUGAUAUCUAAAUAUAUAUAUAUAUAUAUAUAUACAUAUAUAUAUAUAUAUAUAUACAGUAUAUAAAACUGAAAUUUUUAUUCAAAAAGGUUUUCAUAUUGAUAUUAAUUUUUUUUCUGUGUUUUUUUCACCUAUAAUUGCUUUAUGGUCUCUAGUUUGAUCAGCUGGAGGUUGUAAUGUUUUUUGUUUUUGUUCAGUAAUGUUUGGCUGUAAUCGCCCUUUAAAAAGACGUCCGUGUGUUUGGACUCCAGACUGACUCUCAGAUUAAAGGUGGAUAUUUUUUGUGCCAGAUAUAUAUAUAAAUAUAUAUGCAGGUGUGUGUGAGUGUGUGUGCAGAAUGAACCAAACCUUCCCUUGUUGACUAAAGUGACGAUGGACCUGAAACCAUGUCUCCUUGUUGUACAGUGUUAUUUAACUCUAAGAGGAAGACGAUGAUUCCCGGCUGCGUCUUAUUUUCCUGAAGAUGAAGAGCGCACACAUUUUCAGGUGUGCCUUCAGCCUGAAAAUGUGUUGUGCAUGUCACCUCCUGAUGCUGGUGACGCGCUGUUGAUCUUGAGUCACAGAUACAACCGACCGUGUGACAUAAAGCAGAAACACUCAGCAGCCAUGAGUGCGUUCAAUAAUUUGACCUUUUAGUGUUCUGAGAAUUACAGGAAAAAAAUAAGAUGCAUAGUUUCCUUUUCUAUUCUUGAAAAACAAAUGUGUUGCUCUCUUAUAGUUGUAAUGCGACAAAGACACAUCAUGUCUUCAUGAUGCACAUUUCUUUGUAGAUGGCUGCAGUGACUUUUCUAGCUUCUGUUAUCUUUGAUCAACCCUUGACAGAUAUUGUAUUUAUAUCACAGCAAAGAAUAUUCAGUAUAAGGCAAUACACAAAAUGCUCUUUAUUGCACACUGAUCAAGUUCAGCGCAUAACGAUGACAUGUUUAUUUAGGUAUAUGUUAAUAUUUAUAGUGCAUUAAAGUAUAUGGAUUUAACACAGCCGAUACAUUCAGUCAGUAUGCUUGUGAUUAUAAAGUCAAAAAUAGUGCCGUUCAUCGUCAGUGAGCACGUUUUAUUCAAGAAAUGCUUCUCUAGUUCAUGUUUUUAAGCUGAAUGAGAUGCAGACGGUAAAAGGCAGAGUUCAUGAUUCAAAUUCAACAAAAGGGGGUCGUCCCAAAAACUGCUAAUCAGACUGAACUGUCAUGUGUUCAUGUACUGUUCAGUCUCACCAUCGAGUUCGUAAAAAAUAUAUUAGAAAAACAGGAAUCCGCUUCAUUUGUUGCCCUGCAGUUUAACCUUUAACUCCAUGAUUUGAGUUUGCCAGCUCCGUUCUGAGUCUGAUUCCAGUUAAGAGGUUUGUGUACACAUUUAUUAAAGCCUAACAAACAGAAAACUUACGACAAAAGCUUAAAAAACAAUAUCAGGAGUCCUCUUAAAAUCCAGGUGCACCGCUACAGGUGAUGCUCACACGCCCUCUCUGCAUAAUGUGGUUAUAAUUCAGCAUAAUGGUGAGUUGAAUAUCCUCCGCGAACCGCCACCUUAUCGUGGUGGAGGAUUUGAGUGAUGUCAUCCUGAGGGCUAUGUUUUUCGGGGCAUCCGCCCCUGGUAGGAUCACCCAUGGCAACCGUUCUCGGGGGAGAGUCGAGACAGAGCGUUCACAGAAUCUAAAUACGUCACAUGAUUUAAGUUCCCUAAUUACACUCAAGUGAACUCAACUGUUUGACAUCUCUGUGUUCUUGGCUGGUGGAAUAAUUGCAGUAUUGUGAGCAGUAUUUAAAAUUAAUUAAUGUCACCGUAUUAAAUCAUGCAAACUGUAA